AUGGUUAACAUUCAUGGCUGUGAGUUUUGCAGGGACCACAUGAUGGAGAGUACCUGUGAGGUUUUGCCACUAACUGGGCAUUGUAAGAGGUGCAGGGACCACAAUGUACAAUGCAACUUCCAAUCACGCACGGUGCUCAUUGAAACAUUAUAUCAAAAUAUAAUGACUCUCAGAACUAACUUGGCUUUAAAGGAAUGGUCUGUUAAGGAGUGGGAAGAACGCUAUAACCACUUAGCAGAGGAAUUUAAUAAGAUGAAAGACUUAUAUGGGCAAAUAUAUGAAAUUGCCUACAACAACAGCUCCCCUUCUGAGUAG